AUGACUAUCGCAGGUGAGGCGAAGUAUGACCUCCGGGUCUAUGACUGGAUCAUGGCUGCCUUCGACCAUCUUCCCUUGGCCGCAGUCCUCAACGACAACGUCCUGUGUCUCCACGGCGGCCUGUCCCCGGAGCUUCAAACUUUACAAGAUGUUUUUAAGGUG